ACCAGAACAGCAUAUCCAUCUCGCGUGGAUAUCAUGAGAGCAUUGUCUAGCCCGGCCACGAGCACCGCGAUGUUGCUCGCCGCCUUUUUCCUGGCUGGCAUAGCUGACGCCUCUUUCUACGAACCGCACUUGCCUGCAGCAAGCCCGUGGUUUGAAGGAUGGUACACACGAGUCAGUGAGACGACUUCUGGGCACUCCAUCGGGUUCAUCCUGGGACACUACCCUGACCAGAACUUGGUAAACAGAACUUAUGUGGCCCUAAUUGUGGACGACGGCAAGGCGGAGCCACUGGUCGUUGAGGCUAGGCCGCCGUCCUUCAAGGUCUCCAAGAAUGGAGCACCAAUCCGUGGCGACCCGGAUCAGGACUCCCAGCCUGAUUUCGAGGUGCUCGGCGAUGGCUUCGCCAUGACACAGAGAGGCGACCAGCAAAGGGUGACCCUGGACUUUCCAAACGGAGUGCACUUUGAGGCCAAUCUUUCUGGACGUGUCCCAUGGGGUCCUCGAGGCGAGAGCCCUGAGGGUUGGGCCGGGCACUUGCCCAUCCCGCUGCAUUGGUUCGUCUACUCCCUGGCCUCCAGGGCCACAUUUCGCCUCGCCAUGCCCGGGCUCAACAUCUCCGGGCAGGGCAAAGGGCACCAGGAGAAGAACUGGGGCCAGAGCUUUCCUUCCACCUGGAUUUGGGCGGAAGGACUUCAAGGCGAGAACAAGAUUGCGGUGGCCGGCGGAUCGGUUCCAUUGGGCCCGGUGACUGUGCCCAACGCCUACCUCAUCGGGCUUUGGACGAAGAAGCUGACAUGGACCUUUCACCCGCAGGACCCCAGCGUGUUCUGGGCCUCCGUCGACGCCUGCAAGGGGCUGGUGGUGCUGACGGCCAGGAGUGCGAAUCGCAAGCUCCGGAUCACGCUGGAGGCUCCUCCAAUUGGCUCUGGAAUGUUUCCAGUGGGAGGUCCCACGAGGACAGGUUUCCAAAUCGAUUCGGUGGAGAAUUACAGGGGCAAGAUUACCGUGGAGGCAUACUCUGGGCUUCUCCAUGACCGGCUGGAAGAGAGACUGGAAAUCGCAAAUGCGGCGAUCGAGUUUGGAGGAGACGCCAGGUGCAAGCAGACAAAAGAAGCGACCGAAGUGCCCGUGGUUCAGGCAGAGGCCACGCUUGCAGCGGCUGGCCCAGCGGACACUGCCAUACCGGAGAAGAGAAUCCGCCGGGAGCUUCGCGCGCUCUCCGAAGAAGAGCGCGAGCGUGUGUUCGCAGCGAUGAAUGUGAUGAAGCAAACCUCAAGUCUGAAAGGUCAGAAGAUGUUUGGGCCUCAGUUCAUCUCCUAUGACGAUCUGGUGGCUCAGCAUUUGAAGGCAGCAGCAACCAAGGGAUGUGACGAGGCGCACCUGGGGCAAGCGUUUGCCACCUACCACCGCGCCUUCGUGCUGCGCUUCGAGGAGUCCUUGCUGGCCGUGGACCCUAAGAUCCUGGCGCUGCCUUACUGGGACUACAACAUCGAGGCGAGGCGAAAGGACCCGCGGGACAGCGAGAUCUGGCGCUGGUUCGGCAGCAGCGAAGGGGACCCCUCGGAGGGCCACGCGGUCAAGGACGGCCGCUUUGCGCACUGGCGAGUGCGAGCCGACGCGCAUGAGGUCGCCAAUCUCAGCAACCCCUUCAACUUGUUGCGGAGCCCUUGGAAUGUCAACCCUUCUCCACACAUCACCCGCAGCCGAUACUCCUGCGGCUCGCAGACGCAAUUUGACGCCAGACUCUGGGACCUGUGCUUGCGGGCGGCCAGCUUUGACGAGUGGUAUGCUUGCAUCGAUCCGACCAUUCACACCUGGGCGCACAGCUUCUUGGGAGGCGUGUGGCACACGGAGCGCAACGUGAGCCGUGUGGAGUGCUUCCUGACCAACGCCAUCGGCAUCCCUUCCGCGUAUUCGAAAGGCUGCUUGCGGUGCAGCUCCAACUGCACCGACCCCGCGCAGGCCCAAAAGUCAUGCUCCUGCGAAAGGUCGCGUGAGCUGCGAUGCCUGGCAGACAGCUUCUUGGCGCGUCAGGCGCCAACAUAUGGAGACUUUGCAGAUGCAUGGACGUCUCCCAACGACCCCAUCUUCUUUUUCCAUCAUGCCAAUGUGGACCGGCACUUGAUGAUGUGGCAGCAACAGCACAGGGAGAAGGCUCCGCACUAUAGUUUCCCUUCAUUGUCAAUACCCUGCCAGGGUCAUGGCUUACAUGAUGUGGUUGGUGCUUCUGCGCCAUUCAGCGGUUCUUUGCUUGGCUUGGCAAGCAACUACACGCUGACAAAUGCUGACCUCAUAGCAAUCGAUGGCUCGCGUGGCCCUUACACUUAUGAUUCUCUCAGUCGAACCUUGCUUCGGGUACAGCGCCCCAGUGCUCUUGACUGGCCUUCGCUUCGCGCGCUACUUCUUGGAGGCGUGUGCUUUGGCACUUGCAUUCUGGUUUUUGGCUUUCACGUCUUUCACCCAUUAAAGGUGCGUCGAGCACCGCUGGCACUGCCAAGCAGUUAGCAUGCUGGUCAGACCAGCUUGCCAGAAGGCGCUGCCAACAUGGCCGCGUUUCGAGCUUUUGGCUUUCGCGGCAGCACGCUUGGUGCGUUUUUCGCUAGCAGCCUUCUGUGCUUCUCGAGAAAUAUCGACUGGGAGUGCCUGCAGGUUCGGACUUUGCACAGGUGCGAUGGCAUCACUCACUGUAAGACGCCGGGGGAGCGGAAACAACAAAAGUCACCCUUUGGGGAAGGGUGUCCCGCUCGGACGCAUGUUAACAGGCGCCCCCUCCUUCAAGCCCCUGCUAGGCAAGAGAGG